CACAGCGAUGGGCCUCUACUGUUUGAUUUUAUUUGUGUUGGCUAUUCUGCUGUUCUCUCAACAGUUCAACUGCUCAAACACAGAAAACUAUGCAGAGAAGAGAUCUUUUCCUACCGGUAUUUAUGAUGCCCCUCGUUGCAGCACUCCAUAUUGUUUGACAUCACAUGGAAAUAGCAGACCAGGCUGUGAAAGAAAUACCAUGGGUGCAUGUUACAAAAAGUAUGAAGUUUUCGAAUCACUCGGCGGAAAACGCGUACUGUGUGACACUAAGACUGAUGGUGGUGGAUGGAUCGUUAUCCAGCGUCGGAUCAAUGGCAUCGAGAAUUUUAAUAGAAACUGGGCAAACUAUAGCGUAGGAUUUGGCUCACUUGAUGGUGACUUCUGGAUGGGAAAUGAUUUUAUCUCACAGCUAACCUACUCGGGCUACACUGAAUUGAGGAUUGACAUGGGAUAUAAAGGUAAAUCCUACUAUGCCGAGUACGAGAACUUGUUGGUAAAGGAUGAAGCGGCUAAGUAUCAGAUCUCUUUCAACUUCAAGAAAGGUAACGUGGAAGACGAAUUCACUUUUCACGUUAAUAUGUUUUUUUCCACACAUGACAGGGAUAAUGAUAUAUGGCCUCAAAACUGUGCUUACUAUAGACAUGGCGGCUAUUGGUUUAAAUGGUGUACUAGAUCAAAUCUAAAUGGGAAAUGGCAACUUAAAAACGUAUUCCAUGAGGGAGUUACUUGGAUUUCGUUGACUGGGACUCACGAUUCUCUAGACUUUACUGAGAUGAAAGUACGUCGGCCUUGAUGACCAAUGAUGAUUUGUAAUCUGUUACUGUGUGUGGUGGGCUGUUGUUUCCAUAUUGAUAUAUCUUUUGAGAAAUUGUAAAAGAAUAGCUUCAUACUGAUCAAUAUCAGUGUUUC